AUGGCGAUCCCUGCUGCUCUCGUUGUUCUUCCCGUAGGCAUUCUUUUCAUUUGCUCGGGUCUCCUCGUUAAUCUAACCCAGGCGAUUCUUUUUGUCCUUGUUCGUCCGUUAGCAAAGAAUUGGUACAGAAUAAUUAACAAAUUACUCGUCGAAUCAUUAUGGUUGGAGGUCGUAUGGCUCUUUGAUUGGUGGGCAGGCAUCAAGGUUGAGCUGCACACAGAUUCAGAAACCUACAAUCAACUGAUGGGUAAAGAGAAUGCCCUUCUUAUCUGCAACCACAGGAGUGAUAUUGAUUGGCUUGUUGGAUGGGUCUUAGCUCAGCGAACUGGUUGCCUUGGUAGUACUGUUGCUAUGUUGAAGAGAGAAUUGAAAUACCUUCCAGUCAUAGGUUGGUCAAUGUGGUUUAAUGACUAUGUCUUUCUGGAGAGAAGAUGGGAUAAGGAUGAAGCAACAUUGAAGUCAAGUUUUGAGCAGCUGGAGGAUUUUCCCAUGCCCUUGUGGUUGGCUCUUUUUGUGGAAGGAACUCGCUUUACAGAGUCAAAGCUUCUCUCAGCGCAAGAGUUUGCGGUUUCCAAAGGGUUGCCUAUUCCUAGAAAUGUUUUGGUCCCUCGUACUAAGGGCUUUGUGUCGGCGGUAGCAGGAACGCGUACGUUCAUAGAAGCUAUAUAUGAUUUCACUUUUGCGAUUCCUAAAAGCCAGCCUUCACCCACACUUUCGAGAAUGUUUCAAGGCAUUUCUGGCUCGGUGAAGGUUGAACUCAGACGUCACUCAAUGGAGGAACUGCCAGAAACAGCUGAUGGCAUUGCACAAUGGUGUAAGGACCAAUUUGUGAGCAAGGAUGCCGCACUGGAGAGAUAUCGCACAACCGGCAUAUUCAGCGAACAAGAAAUGCACGACAUCGGGCGGCCUAAGAUAUCUUUAGUGGUUGUGAUAUGUUGGUGCUGCGUUGUGGGGCCGCUAAUGGCCAUGGCGGGCUUCUUCUUGACCUCACGGGAAGGCAUAUUAGUUGCGGCACUGUUGCUGGUUCUCGUCACCAUCGUCAUGGAAAUUCUUAUAUCAUCGUCAUCCCCACCUGACAAUUCCAAGCCACCCCCAGGAGAUCCAAUGAAGGAGACCCUUCUUCCCAGAUGAUAUACAUAGAUCCAUGCACAAUAUAAUGUUGUUGUACUUUUUUGUAAGUAAAUCUUCUGUAUCAUAUAUCCUC